AUGGCAACUGGAAAGGACAUAUCUCUGCUGUCCUUGAUUCUCACUGUUGGACUCACAGUGCUGGUAGCUACUGAGCAACCAGAAGUGGAGACCAAAUAUGGGAAAGUCCGAGGGUACCAAUUCAAAGUAGAUGCAGCUGAGAGGAGUGUAAAUGUCUUUUUGGGACUUCCUUUUGCUAAGCCUCCAGUUGGACCACUGAGGUUUUCUGAACCACAGCCACCUCUGCCAUGGAAAGGUGUCAGAGAUGCCACUUCCUACCCACCAAUGUGUCUACAGGAUCAAGCACAAGGACAGUUUUUUUCAGACCAUAUUACUAACAGAAAAGAAAAAGUUUCCUUUAAAGUGUCUGAAGAUUGCUUAUACCUAAAUGUGUAUGCACCCAUUUCUACAGCAAAACAGGAGAAACUGCCUGUCUUUGUAUGGAUCCAUGGAGGUGGACUAGUUUUUGGAGCAGCUUCAUCAUAUGAUGGUUCAGCAUUAGCAGCCUUUGACAAUGUGGUGGUUGUAACAAUUCAGUACAGAUUAGGUGUCCUUGGAUAUUUUAGCACUCGUGAUGAGCAUGCUCGGGGUAACUGGGGGUAUUUGGAUCAAGUAGCAGCUCUUCAGUGGAUUCAGGAAAACAUCAUUUAUUUUGGAGGAGAUCCAGGGUCUGUCACUAUUGCUGGAGAAUCUGCAGGAGGAGUCAGUGUCUCUGCUCUUGUCUUAUCUCCCCUGGCUAAGGGCUUGUUCCAUAAAGCCAUUUCAGAGAGUGGUACUGCAAUCAGGGUUUUGUUCACUGACCAGCCUGAGGAGGAAGCAAAAAGAAUUGCUACUGCCUUUGGCUGUGAAAAAUCCAGUUCAGCUGCAACUGUUGAAUGCUUAAGAGAAAAAACUGAAGAAGAGAUAGUACAGACACAAAUAAAAACAGAUUUGACAACACUGCAGCUAUGCUAUACUUCACUUGAAAAAUGUGAUCAGCCUUCCCUGUUUGUCAGUGCAUCUGCAGAUGGUGUAUUUUUUCCAAAGAGUCCCAGUGAAUUGCUAUCUGCAAAACUGAUCAAUGCAGUUCCAUAUAUAAUAGGAGUAAAUAACUGGGAAUCUGGAUGGGUACUUCCUACACUAAUGAAAUUUCCGGCUUACACAGAUGGUCUGGAUAAAGAUGUUGCUCGUCAAGUUUUACAGAGCUUCUUAGCAUUACCAUUUAAGAGUGUUACUUCACAAGUUGUUGAUCAAGUAUACAAUGAGUACAUAAGGCAGGCAGAAACCCGUGCCCAGGUGCGAGAUGGCCUUCUUCAUGCAGUAGGAGACUCUCUGUUUGUUCUUCCAGCCAUUGAAGUGGCUAGAUACCAUAGAGAUGCUGGCAACCCAGUCUACUUUUAUGAAUUUCAACAUCGACCAAGCUCAGCAACGGGUGUUGUACCUGAGUUUGUAAAAGCAGAUCAUGGAGAUGAGAUUGCCUUUGUCUUUGGAAAGCCAUUCUUAGCUGGGUAUGCUACAGAAGAAGAAAGUAACCUUAGCAGAACUGUUAUGAGAUACUGGACUAACUUUGCUAGAAAUGGAAAUCCCAACGGAGAAGGACUGGUCCAUUGGCCUCAGUAUGAUCUAGAUGAAAGAUACCUGGAAAUAGACAUAGUGCAAAAGGCAGCGAAGAAGUUGAAAGAAGACAAGAUAGAGUUUUGGACACGGCUCACAAAACAAAUGUUGAAUGGAAGGCCAGAACACACAGAUUUAUAA